AUGAAGUUUGCCUGUCUUCUUGUUCUUGCCGCCGCCGCCGUAGCCAGCCCUGUAGGCUCCGUCGAUGACUAUGUGAAGUUGCUCGAGAAGAGGCAAAGCUUUGUCUCCGACACAGACUAUAAGAAACUCAAAUUCUACGUUCAACACACUUCUGCGGCAUACUGCAACAUAGGCAAAGCCGCUGGCGACCCCGUCACCUGUCGAGGCACCUGCAACAGUGUCGAGAGAAACCAGGUGUCCAUUGUCUCUACAUUUGUCGGCCCCCUGACCGCCGUCGGAGGAUACAUCGCCAUCGACCACGCUCGUCACGAGAUCACGCUGGCCAUCCGCGGCAGCAACAACAUCCGCAACUUCAUCACGGACAUUCUCUUCAUCUGGCAGAACUGUGACCUCACUCCCAAAUGCAAAGUACACACCGGAUUUGCCACGGCAUGGCGUGAAAUUUCCAAAUCGGUCACUCAAGGCAUUCAAGAUGCUCUCGAGGAGAAUCCUAGCUACAAGAUCAUCAUCACUGGACACUCCCUCGGCGGCGCCGUCGCUACCAUCGCGACAGCCUACCUCCGCCGCAGCGGCAUCGUCGCCGACGUCUACACCUUUGGCACCCCGCGCGUCGGCAACAGCCACUUUGCCGAUUUUAUGACCACCUCCCACGGUGGCCAGUGGCGUGUCACCCACCGCGAUGACCCGGUGCCUCGCCUGCCGCCCAUCUUCACGGGCUACCGCCACAUGUCCCCGGAAUACUGGCUGUCCAACGGAAACUCGGACCAGGUAGACUACAAGCUUCAGAACAUCAAGAGGUGCGACGGCACGGCGAACGUGGCGUGCAAUGCCGGCACCUUUGGCUUCAACAUCGUUGCUCACCUCAACUACCUCGGCCGAACCUCUGGCUGCGCCCCCUUGCCGCUGCAGUGGAAGCGUGACGAAGAGCAGCAGAUUUCCAACAAGCAGCUCGAGAAUCGACUCAACGAGUGGAGUCGACGGGAUCAAGAAUUCGUCAAGAAUGGACAGGAAUGA